CUGCUUUAAAGGGUGAGAUGUCCCUUUAUCCGAAAUGAAGGUGAACUUUAGGGAUUCCAAAAAAAAGAGGAAGAAAUCAAGCAGACGGACGCAUCCAGACCAACAGGCGGCGGUAGACAAAGGAGCACGCGCCCGUUUAAAUGAUAUAAAAGACGUCAGCGUGGCUCCACGACACCUCUCCUCCUCCGGAUGAACGUGCCGAGGACCGAGCCCAGGCUCCGCGGUGCUGAAAGGACAGCUCCCCUCUCCCGGACGCGCGCAGACAUGUUCACCAGGAUGUUGAAGCUGAGACUCCUGAAUGCCGUGGCGCCUGCGUACUUCUUCACGGCCACGGCAGUCACCUUCAUUUUGCACUUCUGCUUCUUCGUCCCGACAAUAUUCCCAAAGCCGGAGUCCUCGCUGAGGGCAUCGACGGCCCUUCACACGGUCGUUUUCCUUUUCUUGAUGUUCAACGCACUGGGGAAUUACAUCAUGACCAUCAAGUAUCCUGCUGAGAGUGCCAACGAGACCGCCGUCCCCGUGUGCUCGCCGCACUGCUCGGACAAGGUGGACGCCCACUACCUCCUGAACGGCCGCCACUUCUGCAAGCUGUGCAAGAAAGUCAUCCUCAAGAGGGACCACCACUGCUUCUUCACCGGAAACUGCAUCGGCAACAAAAACAUGCGCUACUUCAUCAUGUUCUGCAUCUACACGUCCUGCACGUGUUUGUACUCCCUGGUCCUCGGCGUGGCCUUUCUAACGGUGGAGUACUCCAUCUCCUUUGAGAACCCGCUGACCUUCCUCACUCUUCUCCCCCUCUCCACGGGCUUCUUCUUCACGGGGACCAUCUCGGGCUUGCAGCUCUUCGUGGUGCUGAUGCUUUACGUGUGGCUGGGCAUCGGCCUGGUCUGCGCGGGAUUCUGCUGCCAGCAGGUCCUGCUGGUGGCGCGGGGACAGACCUGGUGUCAGAUGCAGCGAGGGCAGCUCGUGGAGAACCGCAGCCCCUGGAGAACCAACCUAAAGGAUGUGUUCGGCACCCGCUGGAUCCUCGGCCUCAUCCUGCCUGUGCAGACAGGGGAGAUGUGCGCUGAUGAAACAGAUGCAUACAAACAGGACUGAGUGAUAAACCACGUGUCAUAUCAACAGCUCCCAAUAGGUCGCACAAGCAGCACAAGUUGUAGAAAAAAAUGCUUUCUCUGGAUUCCACGUGGUUAUGGUAAUUUCAAAUACUACGCCGAUGCUUUAGGACUUUUAAAGUAGACAUUGAAAUAAUGAGCUUUUAGUGAACAUUCCUUUAAGGACAGGAGCCAUAAUAAGCAAUGUGAAACUGUAUAGUAUAGGUGUGUCCUUUAAGUAGCUUUUUAAGAGGCAAUAUUAAGAAAUAUAAAUCAGUUGUUUUUACAUGAGUCACUUUUACAUGCACUACUACAUGCUUCCAUAAAAAUAUCAAGGUGAUUUGCUAUUGGUGCGCGAACUCACCGCUUUGCAAAUUUGUAUACUCCAUUGAUCCGUCGCACGGCAGCGCUCUGAGAUUAUCGGUGUUGCUCUUCCACACUUCCUUGUAGGACGCGACAAUGUGACAUUCAGGUAACGUGUGUUUUUUUUACGACGGUAAUUCACUCUGACGUUAAGGGCUUGCAGACGGACAAAAACACAGUGGUUGGCAUAAACUGCAAGGCUUGACACCACUGUUUAGACGAUAAGAGGUUACGUGUUGUUGAGCCUGAUGUUUUCUACUCAAAGGAACGUGACUCAGUUUGAUGCAGGUACACGUACAGGGUUGAGCUCCUCCAUGAAAAUGGCUGGGGUCAAUGUCAAGAGGAUAACCAUAUUACUAUCCAGGGUAUUAUUCACAAUGUGCCAUACAAAUCAUGACUUACAUGCUUACCGAUGACCCCAAAGGUGAGUUACUCACUGAACUGCUAACGAUGGGGCCCUCUGUAUAACAACAGCACUUCUCACUGUUAUACUGCAACUAAAGCUAAGGCCAUAUUUAACAUUGUGUCAAAGAUAUUGUUGGAUUUCAAUAAGUAUACUUUUUAGAGCUAUUUUGUCAAUUCCUGUUAUACCAAUAAAAGUAUUUG